AUGUUAAUGGGAUGCAAAGUGUGCUCUUGCUCCUCCAGAGACUUCCUCAGGGACUGCAGAGACUCGCUACACCUCUGCUGCCCCCGGAGGCCUCAGGGGGGAGGGGGGAGCACAGACUUCCUCAGGGACUGCAGAGACUCGCUACACCUCUGCUGCCCCCGGAGGCCUCAGGGGGAGGAGGGGGGAGGGGAUGAAAGAGGCUCCAGAGACCACACUCACACUAGACCCCGAGGAGGUCCCUACAGAGACCCAGAGGAGGUCCCUACAGAGACCCAGAGGAAGUCCCUACAGAGACCCAGAGGAGGUCCCAGCAGAGACCCAGAGGAGUUUCAACAGAGACCCAGAGGAAGUCCCAACAGAGACCCAGAGGAGGUUCCAACAGAGACCCAGAGGGAGUCCCAACGGAGACCCAGCGGGAGUCCCAACGGAGACCCAGAGGGAGUCCCAACGGAGACCCCGAGGAAAGCCAACAGAGACCCAGAGGAGGUCCCAACAGAGACCCAGAGGAGGUCCCAACAGAAACCCAGAGGAGGUCCUAACAGAGACCCCGAGGAGGUCCCACUAGAGACCCCGAGGAAAACCAACAGAGGCUCCAAUUGCGACAAGGUAAGUUAA